AUGGCUGAAGAUUCAAAAUUCAUCAGGGAGAUUGCUACAGCCGCUAUAGACAAAACCAAGCUGCCGCACAACGUUGGCAAAUACAAUGGCCUGACAGAUCCAGAUGACCACCUCCAGCGCGCACCAGUAGGAAAAAUUAAAUCAUGGAUCGACUUCAGAGAGAAGUUCCUGGCACACUUCUCUCAACAGCGGAGACACGCCAGAGACCCAGCAGAUUGUCUGAACAUAUGGCGUCGAGACCACGAAAGCGUGGAAGAUUUUAUCACAAGGUAUAACAAGGAAUGUCUGGAGAUUGGAGACGUAGGUGGAAAGAUGAUGCGUGCGCACUUCAUGAGGGCAGUCAAGUGUGAUGAUCUAAUCAAGCGCGUGAAAGGAAGAGACGGAGGACCUAAAGAUUGGGAAACCUUCAUUGAGGCCGCCAAAACAAUAGCGCAGACAGACAAACAGUUGACCGGUGACGACCACCGUCAACGCGCACAUAACUCUAAUGACCGACACGGCAGAAAAGGCAGAGGCCAGUCAUGGAAGACUUCCAGUCACAGAGAAAGAAGCCCGCCAAGAGAAGAUGCGCGACACACAAUCAAUCAGAUAGCCCACCGAAAAGAAGUAAAAAGAGAAAACAGAGAGAAACAGUGGACGCCAUUGACAAAGACCCCUUCAGAGGUCUUGGCCACUGAAAAUCACCUAUUCAAACCACCCCUGCAGAUGCGCAACAAAAGGGGUCAAGAUCCCAAUCUCUACUGUGAAUUCCAUAAAGACACGGGUCAACUAACUGAUGACUGCUUUAGCCUGAAGCAAGAAACUGAAAGGGCCCUGAGAGAUGGAAAACUCACUCACCUGGGAGGUCCACGAAGACCAAGGAAGAACUACAACAAGCGCGCACAAGAUGAUUCAUGGCGCGAGAAGCAAGUUAUUUUCCCAGUUGUUAAAGGAGGCCCGAGGGAAAAGCGACCGAUAGUUAUUCCAGGAGUGAUUGGUCACUACCAGACAGACUACAUCUUCAUCGAUCCGGGGAGCACCGCGGAUAUCAUAUAUGAACAAUGCGUCAAUCAAUUUGAUCAGGAGGACAAGGCGCGUUUGGAGCCAGUUGACUACCCAUUAACUGGUUUCUGCAACGAAGCCGUCUUUCCCCUGGGACAGAUAUCAUUCCCGGUGUUACUUUCGGAUGGAAGAAAUUCAAGAACAGAAGAGGUCACAUUCAUGGUGCUACCCGCACACUUAAGACACGACAUCCUCCUAGGAAGAGAAUCCCAAGGAGACUUCAGUAUGAUAUGCUCUGCACCACAUUCAGCCGUUGGAUUCCCAAUGGAAACAGGCAUCGCACUGAUAUACGCAAGCAAGGAAGUUUUAGCAACAGAUGAAGUAAGGCCUGCAAAAGCAAGUAAACCAGCGCCACGCACAGAGGCAGAAAAAUGGGUGUUGAACAGUGCUCACCCAGAGCAAACAGUUACCCUAGGACCGGCGAUGUCCGAUUUAACACGCGCAGCGCUCAAGAAGUUAUUACGCGAGAACAUGGACGUGUUUGCCUGGACACCAGCUGACAUGGUUGGUGUUCCACGGCACAUAGCAGAACACCGUUUAAACGUCUCAGAGGACGCAAAGCCAGUGGUACACGCCAAGCACCACCUUGGCGAUAUAAAGCACGACACCAUGAAAGAGCAAGUACUGGAAUUGCUGAAUGCAGGCAUCAUUAGAGAAGUCAGAUACCAAACAUGGGUGGCAAGCCCAGUGAUGGUAAAGAAGCGAAAUGGCAGCUGGAGAAUGUGUGUCGACUACAAAGACCUAAACAAGGCAUGUCCGCGUGACUGCUACGCCUUACCAGACAUAGACGAAAAAAUUGAUUCUCUGGCCACAUUCAGAUGGAAAUGCUUCCUCGACUGCUACAAGGGAUAUCACCAGGUCCAAAUGGCUGUCCAAGACGAGGACCAAACCGCAUUCCGCACGCCGAUAGGGCUGUACUGUUACACCAAGAUGCCUUUCGGCUUAAAGAAUACGGGCGCGACCUACCAAAGAUUGAUGAACGAAACGUUCAGCGAUGCCAUCGGCAAGUACAUAGAAGUGUAUAUGGACGAUUUGGUGAUUAUGAGCAAAGAAGAAGGCACGAUGCUGGCUAACAUCCAAAAGACUUUCAACACGCUGCGCAGCGUAAGUAUCAAAUUGAAUCCGGCAAAGUGCUCAUUCGGUAUGGAAGAAGGGAAAUUCUUAGGCUUCAUCGUCACAAAAGACGGUUUCAAGGUGAAUCCAGAAAAAGUCCAAGCAAUUGAAAGGAUGCCUUCCCCGUCAAAUAUCAAAGAAAUGCAAAAAUUAGCAGGACGUUUAGCUGCGCUCAAUCGUUUCCUAGCUAAUCACGCUGCAAAAUCCUUUCCGUUCAUCAAGACAUUGCGCAACUGCAUGAAGAAAAGCCAGUUUCAAUGGACUCCAGAAGCAGAGAGUGCAUUCCGCGAGAUGAAGGAUUGCCUCAUCAAGUUGCCAACAUUAACCGCACCAAACAAAGGAGAACCCUUGGUACUAUAUCUAUCAGCUUCUGAUAGGGCAGUUGGAGCAGUGUUACUUGUUGAUCGUCAAGGUACUCAAACACCAGUCUACUAUGUGUCACGAACCUUGACCGACCCAGAAACUCGAUAUGCCAUCAUGGAGAAACUAGUCCUCGCGCUGAUUCAUGCUUCAAGACGGCUGCGCAGGUACUUCGCCAACCACGUUAUCCAUGUGCUAACAAAUUACAACAUUGGCAACAUCCUCGCAAGGCCAGAAAUAUCAGGAAGACUAGCCAAAUGGGCGAUAGAGCUAGGAGGUCACAAUGUGGUUUUCAGACCACGACCAUCAAUCAAAGGCCAAGUCUUGGCAGACUUUAUGACAGAAGUUCCAGAUGACAAAGAUCGAGAAUGUAAAGCAAUGGAAAAAGCUGAGAAAAAGCAAGUAGAAGAGCCAUGGUUGUUAUACACAGACGGCGCGUCUAACGAAGACGGAGUAGGUGCAGGGCUUAGGCUGGUAAGCCCCGACAAACAUGAAUUCACAUAUGCAAUACGCCUGGAUUUUAAAAGCACGAACAACGAAGCCGAGUAUGAAGCUUUCUUGGCUGGCUUGCGAUUGGCGAUCAAAAUGGGGGUCCGACACAUCGAAGCGCAUGUGGACUCCAUGCUAGUAGCGGGGCAAAUCAACGGCCAAUACGAAGCCAAGGGGGAUAUAAUGGCACUCUACCUCAGCGAAGCAAAAACGUUGCUACAAACCUUCUACUCCUACAAGGUGCACCACAUAAACAGAAGCGAGAACAAGCCAGCAGACGCGCUUAGUAAACUCGCAUCAACAAGUUUUCAACACCUAGCAAAGGAUGUGCGCAUAGAAGUUUUGAGCAACCCAUCCGUUCCACUCAGAGAAGUAAGCGUCAUCCAGACAGGGGCAACUUCUUGGAUGACCCCAAUAAUCAUGUACCUUCAGUCUGGGAUUCUCCCGGAAAACAAAGCAGAGGCAAGAAAAAUCCAAUACAAGGCCGAGCACUAUCAGAUGGCCGACGGAAUUUUAUAA